AUGGCCCCCAGCCAAUCAUGCUCAACUUGUGAUUCGCACGGCAUCGAACGGAUAAGAAGCGUUAAGAUUGUCGGAGUACACAGAUUCAAAGAUCUCUCGAUAUCGUAUGGAGUAAACAUUUCAGAUAUUACAUGCUACUCUAUGAUCGAUAAUCGAGAAUGGGUAAUUGCAAUUGAGGCAGUUAGUUCGACUGGAUGGGCCUUACCUUUGUGCAUAGUUUUCAAGGCAAAGAAAUACACGCGGUUAGGCUGGUUUGAGGAUCUUUCAGAUGGCUGA